AUGAAAGAAAUAAAUAUUGUGGGAUUUAUUGAUCCAAAAGAAAUAGGUGAUAAUGAUGAAGAAAAUGAAAUUAUUAAUAUUAAAAAGAAAGUGUAUAAAAAAUCAGGAGGAUUUCAGUCCAUGGCACUUAGUUUUCCUAUAUUAAAAGGAAUAUUAAAGCGUGGUUAUAAAAUACCAACACCUAUACAGAGAAAGACAAUUCCUCUAGCUUUAGAAGGUCGUGAUGUAGUGGCAAUGGCCAGGACAGGUAGUGGAAAAACUGCUUGUUUUUUAAUUCCUUUGUUUGAAAAACUUAAAAUUAGACAGGCAAAAGCUGGUGCUAGAGCUUUAAUUUUAUCACCUACUAGAGAAUUAGCAUUGCAGACAUUAAAGUUUAUAAAAGAGUUAGGUAGAUUCACUGGCUUAAAAGCUGCUGUAAUUUUGGGAGGUGAUAGUAUAGAAAAUCAAUUCAGUGCAAUUCAUGGAAACCCUGAUAUAUUAGUAGCAACACCCGGAAGGUUUCUACAUAUAUGUAUUGAAAUGGAUUUACAAUUACAUAAUAUAGAAUAUGUAGUCUUUGAUGAAGCUGACAGAUUAUUUGAAAUGGGUUUUGGUGAACAAAUUAAUGAGAUUACAAAUAGAUUACCAGAAGCACGACAAACAUUAUUAUUUUCUGCAACAUUACCUAAGCUUUUAGUAGAUUUUGCAAAGGCUGGUUUAACUGAUCCAGUCUUACUACGUUUAGAUGUAGAAAGUAAAAUACCAGAACAAUUAGCUCUUUCAUUCAUAGUAUGUCGACCAGAGGAAAAACUGGCAGUAUUGUUGUGUUUGUUAAAAAAUGUUACUAAGAGCAAUUCACAAACAGUAAUUUUUGCUGCAACAAUGCAUCAUGUUGAAUAUAUUCACCAAGUAUUGGAAAAAGUAGGAAUUUCUAGCACGUUCAUUUAUUCUAAUUUGGAUGCAUCAGCUCGAAAAAUAAAUGCAGCUAAAUUUCAAACUAGUAAAGUCAAAGUUUUAGUAGUAACAGAUGUUGCAGCACGAGGUUUAGAUAUUCCACAUUUGGAUAAUGUAAUCAAUUUUAAUUUUCCUGCAAAACCAAAGCUCUUUGUACAUAGAGUAGGUCGUUGUGCUCGAGCGGGUCGUACCGGUACUGCAUACAACAUUGUAAGUCCAGAUGAAUAUGCUUAUUUGUUAGAUUUACAUCUUUUCCUUGGACGUCCAUUGCAUAUUGUAUCACCUUCUGGAUCAACAGAAAAUAAAGAUGGUAUUAUUGGUAAAAUGCCACAAGCUAUGAUAGAAGAAGAACUUAUGGAAUUAAUAAAUUGGCAUAAUCGUUCUACAGAUCUUAAAAAUAUGGAGAAAGUUUGUGACAAUGCAUAUAAACAGUAUAUUCGGUCACGGCCUUCAGCUUCGUCAGAAAGUAUUAAAAGGGUAAAGGAAUUACAUAUUAGUGAAGCAGGUAUUAUACCAGAGUAUUCUGACGUUUCUUCUAGUACUGUGAACUUAUUAUCAAAGAUAGUAAAUUAUAAACCACAAGGAACAAUAUUUGAAAUUGGCGCAAAAGCAUCAUCUAUUGAUUACCAAGUUAUGAAAAAAAAACGAACGUUACAUAAAGAAAAUAUCAUAAAUUUUCAUAGGAAGGUAGAUGAGUUAGAAGCUAAAAAGAAGUCAGAAGAUGUAUCAAAAACAGCGAGUCUUCCUUCAAGUACAACUGACGAAAUCAAUGCAACAUUUGAUACAAUUGUAUUACCGAAGAAAAGAAACCUUAAUGAUUUAUAUAAACCCAAAAAGAAAAAACGGUCUAUAACACGAGACGACGAAUUUUUUAUUCCAUAUUACGCUCCAGAUAAGCACACAGAGGAAGGUUUGGCAGUUAACUCUUUUAAUACGGAAGCAGAAAAAGAACAAAUGGAUUUAACUGGUGACAAUGAAAAAUCUCAGCGACUACAGGCGCAAAUUAAAAAAUGGGAUCGUAAAAAAAAGAAAAUUGUUACGAUUAAUAAUGAACAAAAGGUCAAGAAAAUACAAACAGAGUCUGGAGUUUGGAUACCUGCCAGUUAUAAAUCAAAUCUUUAUUCGACUUGGAAGGAGAAAAGUAAAAUACAUGUUGUUGAUAAUGACAGCGAAAAUGAAUCUUCAGAAAUUAAAAAAUUACAAUCAGUGCCUUAUACACACUGGGAAAGACACAAUCAUAAGAUAAAGGAAAAGAUUAAAAAAAAUAAUGAAUUAAAACGUCCAGAGCAAAUUUUAAAGGUGCGUAAAUUGCUUGAGCAAAAACGUAAAAGGAAUGGCCGAAAAAAUCGGAAGGGGCAAAGGAAUAACAGAAAGAAACAUUAA